CACCGAAUGUCUGGUGCACUGUCUGUUGACCCGAGAAAAAGGACACACUCGCUGUCUGAGUGAUAAUCAUAAUGUCUGUCUGAUUCUCUAUCUGAUAUUCGUAUCGAAAUAUUAUGUUGUAUUUAAUAUUUUAUUUUCUACCCGCAGACUGCAGAACAGUAUAAAGUACAUGGUGGGCCAAUAAAAGUGAGAUAUCUCAUAGCUUAUGAGUUGUUUCAAAGAAUAAUUGUAAUUCUUCAUGGAAUUUUUUCUUUGCAAAAUAUUUAGCUAACCAGAAAUCAUGUUCAAUGUGUCCUCCUUGCUUCUCAACUAUUUAAAUUUAAGCUAGUAUGAGUAUAGUUAAACUAAAUUUGAUGUGAUUAAAUCACAUUUACGAGAUGUUCUCACUUUUAUUGGCCCACCCUGUAGAGAUUUAGAAGAUUUAAAUCCAGUCUAACUAACUUAAACUAUGUUUAGGGGUGGGCCUAGCCUACUGACUGCUGCUAUAUAAUAAAAUUAAAACUAAAGAGGCUUACUAAAUACUAUACUUAACAACUUAUAGUCAUAGUGCUAGCAUUACUGGACUAGUAGUGGCCAGCUUUAAAAUUAAUUUUAAAAUAAGGGAUUACCUAGAAUCUACAAAAAUCAUCACUGUGGCGGCCGCUACAAUAAUAAGACAAAUUCAAAUACUUUUACUAUACUGCCUUAAGAAAAUAAACCUCCCAUGGAUAUAAAUUAAUACACCCAGGUCAGAAACAUUUCCCUGGAACAGUGGUUCUUAACCAUCUGUCAAAAAACCUCCUGAGGUGCAGAAGACCUAAGAAAUUGUAUUUUCUGCCAUUGAUAGUUGUUGCCGCCUUAAAAAAAAUCAGUUUUAUUCACCUUGAUUAGCAGCAAUAAAUAUUUUGAAAUUGAGAGGGAUGCAGUGUUGCCAUUGGUUUAAGUUUUCCUGCCCUAGAACAUUUACUAAGACCACCCACCCCCACCCCUAUCAACCAUUUUUAGUUCUAUGCCACUUUAGUGUUAUCCCUAAUUCUGUGACUUCUGUUUCCACAUUUUGACAUAAAUUCUGACAGCUGUGACAUACCAUUGCUUAAACCCCCCUCACACGUCAUCACACAAAUGUGACUCUCUCCUCCCCACUUGAUGCAUGACGUGAUUUAUGGAUGGCCCCUAUAGCCUAGUAUACAGUAAAUCAGACAAACUCUACAGAAGUGCCAAUGAAGUGACUAAGAAAAAAAAAACAUCACUGAGACUCUAUCUUCAACCAUUUAAUUUCAUAUAAUAAUAAUAUUAAAUUUAAAAUUAAAGUUGAUACAUGUAGACCUUAUUAAAUUUAAAAAAAAAAUAAAAAAGUAAAAUACAUAUAAUUUAUUCAAGCUUGAAUUCAAUUGAUUUAUUUUGACUAACACUAAAUCCAUUUACUUAUAUAAUUUUUAGAAAAAUAUGAGAAAAGUGCUUCAACAGUCACAACAUCUCAUCAAUUUUUGAUACCGUACCCUAGAAAUAGAACAGUUUUAACAAAAUAUUGAUGAUGGAACAGCCAAUUACAGAACUCAGCAACCCACUUUCAUAUAACAUUGAUAAAGCAUCACCUAAAGGUCAGCACAAUCAAAAAUAUUUUAGAAGACAUUUUUCAUUAGAGAUCUGCUAAACUUAUGAUAUACAGUAAUUUGAAGUAUUUUUAAAGGGUCUAGUUCAGAAAGAGAUGAGCUUUGAAUUUAUUUCGAUUAAUGAUUUAAGUGAGGUUCUAAGACACUCAUGUCUUGAAGAUCUCAAGUACAAAUGUUUUAUUAUCAUUAAUAAUAAUAUCAUAACUUAUCAACAGCGGGCCUACUUCUUUUUACUGGCCACUUUCCUAUAACUGCAGUUCCGUUAGUUAAGGAACUAAUAAAUAAGUCUGAUUGGAUACUUAUAUCCAAAGUAAUUUUUUGCUUUUUAAAUUACAUUGCUACGUGAAGUUAACUUCAUUUAAAAAUAUGAUUCCUAUUUAUAUUUUAAUUUAUUAUCUUUUGUAUCAGAAAUAGCAGAAAUCUUGUAUGCUUGUGACCUGGAGAUUUUUUACGGAUGGAAUGAAACCAAGGUAUUAAAAAAUGCCAUUCUAGAACACGAACAAAUAAAAUAUAAAACCAUGCUAUAUAUAAUACAAUCAUAAUUUUAUAUUUCAAUAUAUGAGUAUUUAUAUCAAGAAUAAGCUGUUGUUUUUCAUGUUAGGUUAAUGAAUUAAUCAUCGGUAUACAACUGCUGUCACCAGGGCCAUGCAGAUGAUUUUUGAGCCAUGAGGAAAUUCAAAUUUUAGGCCUGAAGAAAUUUUUGAAAUAUUUUUAUUAAACAUAUCAAAUAAUGCCCUUGAUGACCCCCAAGUGGGCUUGGUACUGAUUGAUUUACUGGAUUGCCUCCAUCUCUGCACAGCCCUCGCUGUCACCAUGUGAAAUGUGCUGUUACCAUAAAUGCCCUGUUGGAGCUUCUUCCAAAAAUAGAACCUCAUAUGGAGCUCCAAUUAUCAUUUAUCAAAAGUGAUUUUCAGAUCUCCAGCACCUUUUGCCAAUGUUCACAUGCCACGGUGCUGAAAUUAAAGGCUAAAGUAGCAUGGAUACAAGCGCUAUAUAAAUAUUCAAUUCAAUUCAAUGAACUCAUAACAUAUUAACUAAAUAAUUUUUUAAAAACAUUCUUGUGCUAACUUGUGAAUAGUGUGAAUCAUUAAAAUUUUUGGUACAAUAUUUAAUGUCUAUACUUUUGAAGCAGUUUAAAUAGCAUGAUAAAGUAUUUCUUUUUAUUUCUGCAGGGUGUAAGAGAUGAAAAUGUUAUUAAUAAAAUUGAACAACUAGCACACAAAAUAUCUGAAGUUAUUGAGGUGACUGUAUUUAUUUUUUUGCUCUUUGUCUUCUGGGAAAUGUAAUGAGAACAAGAAUAAUGAUAUUGGACAUUGGAUAUUAUGAAACCAGAACUUAAAUUAUUUGACAUGACAUACCUGUAUAUCAGAGUUUAAGACUAUCUUUUCAUUAUCAUGACAUGUAUAUGAGAGUUGCUUAAUUAAGAUUAUGACUUGGAUAUUAUGUCUAUGAGAAUUUGGUUGUCACAACUAGUACUAGUAAAUACUUUUGGCUUUGUUGCUAUUAAUGUCAAAUGUCUCCUAAAUGAAAUUACAAACAAAAACAUUUAUUAAUUUUCUCAGAAGUAAAAUAUUUUAAAAAUUAAUUAAAAAUUUUCAUAAGUUGUGUAGUUUAAAAAAAUAUUUUUGUUAUCUUGUCCACGUUGCAGAAUGCUUGUGGAGCUGUUGUUAUAAGUGGGUGUGGAACUUCAGGUAGAAUAGCAUUUCUAACUGCUGUAAGUUAGGGCUGAUUUCCUUCAUACUUAAGGUUUUUUUUUCAAAUUAUUUUUCAGUCUCAAAGUUUUUGUAUAUCACAUGCAUUAAAUAUGUGAACUGUUUCUGUUGUAAACAACUGAUUGACUCAUAUACACUUGAAGUUGUAAUCAGCUAUAUUUACAAAUAACUAAUUCAUUGUCUUUCUUUUAUAGAAUAAAUAAACCAAUUUAAAUUACUUAAAAAUAAGAUUUUUAUCAAAAUUUUGACACCUUUUCAUUUCAGAGAACUUUUAACAAAUACUUAAAAUCUAAGGGAGGAAAUGAAUGUUUUCAUUACAUCAUUGCUGGAGAUGACAGGUAUUAUUAUAAUAAGUAUUUUGGCAACUCUCAACUGUCAUAAAAUACUAAGAUCUUAUACAACUUUUAGGUUUCUUUUCAAUUUAUUACUGUAUCCUUAUUUUAAAAAUUAUUAAUGGCAAUAAUAAACUUUGAGAUUUCUUUGAAUUUUUUCAAUUCCAUGUACUCUUUUUUUUGUGUGGUCCCCCUAGUAUUUAAAAGAAAUGCCAGAUUUUAAAAUGUUUGUUCAUUAGAGCCCUGUUCACUUCAUUAGAGCUGGCGGAGGAUGACCCUGUUGUUGGUGCUUACAGAUUACAACAGGUGAAAUAAUAAGCAAAGUGUGACUAACAAUCUAAAACCUAGUCAUAGCAUCCUUGAAUAAUAUAGGUUCAUUUGAUAAAUGGAAUCAACUCUAAUCUCCAAAUGUAUGAUUUUUAAAGUUAAAUCCUCAUUUGGUAGGUUAAUAUUAGAGACUUGUAUAUUCCUGGGUUACCUCCAAUAUAAUCAUAAGAUAAAGGCAUAUAAAGGUACAUAUAUUUUUCAGUUGUGUCAAAAUAAAACUGAUGUUGUUUACAUUGGAGUUACCUGUGGCCUUUCAGCUCCAUUUGUAGCUGGUCAACUGGAUUAUACUUUGUCUCACCUGGACAUUUACACACCUGUCCUCAUUGGAUUCAACCCAGUUCAUCAGGCCAGGUAAUUCCCUCUACAAAGAUCACUUCCAAUUUGUGCUUACAGCAAUGAAUCAUAAAUUUAGCUUGCUUAGAGCAGAAUUUGAAUAAUCCAUUAAAUUAUAUUAUUUCAUGUCGAUUCAAGGAAUCAUUUAAUGAGUCUCUUUAAUAGAGUUGAAAUGGAGGGAUUUAAAAGAUAGAUUAGAUAUUGUAAAUUUCUGACAAAAACAUUGAAAUCAUUUGAAGUGUAAGAUUGGCCACUAGUUAGAUCAUACAUCAGAAUAUUUUUAGCUAUUCAGCAUAUCAAAAAUUAAUUGCAAAUUGAAGUCAUUGAUCUCUUAACUGUAACAGACCUGGUUACUCUUUAAGAUUUUGGCGUACUAGCUACAAUUUUUAUAUAUAUUUUUUACAAAUGACCACCAAGACCUUUCAGAACUACCAUUUUAGAGACAUGGUUAAAAAAAUAUUCCAGUAGUUUUUUUAUAAAAAUAAAUAAAAUAAAAAUAGAUUCUCGGUUGUUUAAGCCACUCUCCACAUCCUGCAGUGAAUGGACAGAGAAAAACGAUUGGUUGAGGACCAUCCAUAAUUAUAAUACUUACACACUGAGAAGGGAAGGUUUUAGUGUUAAUUUAUGAGAUUUUUCUUACUUUGGCGCAUGGGGAGAGGGAGGAGGUGUCAAAAUAAAUUUUAAGGCUAUAACACAGCCAAAUAGCGUAGCGAUGGUCAUUAUCAUUGUUUAAUUGCACUGUAGUUUCACAAUGAACUGGCUAGAUACCACAGUUAUUUCAAACGGCUUGACCUUGAAGCAAUCUAUAAUUGAAUUCGGAGUACCCCAGGGCUCGGUCCUAGGCCCGAUGCUUUUCACUUUGUACGUUCAGCCACUGGGUGCAGUGAUCAAGCAAUUUGACAUGCUGUAUCACAUGUUUGCGGAGAAUACACAACUUCAUCAAUCCAUGAUCCCCUCUCAGUUCCCUCAACUUCUUAGUACGACACAGAAGGCAGUGGAGUUAGUUAAGCACUGAAUGACCAUAAACAAGCUCAAAUUGAAUGAUGAAAAGACUGAGCUGAUCCCCAUUGCCACUGCUCGGAAACAAAAAUCUGUAAAAUACACAACAUCACUUACUCUCUGAGGUAUGCAGAUUGAGUUUGCUCAUACAGUGCAAGACCUGGGUGUCUAUUUAGACAGAACACUUACUAUGGAAAAUCAUAUUAACAUGCUUUGCAACGCAAUUUUCCUAGAGCUGCGCAGGAUUAGUCACAUCAGGCCUUUCUUAACAUUAGAUGCAUCAAAGAGGCUGAUGUCUGCAUUUGUGUUAUCACGCAUGGACUACUGCAAUGCUCUCAUGGUGGGUCUCCCAGCUACGCUCCUGGAUAAAAUUCAAAGAGCACAGAAUAAUGCAGCUCGCUUUGUUCUUCGCAAACGCAAAUUCGACCAUGUUAAAACACUUCUGAGGGAGCUGCACUGGCUGCCGGUCCGCGCUCGCAUAGAGUACAAAAUUGCAACUUUGUGCUACCGCUGCUUACAUGAACUGAUGCCAUCUUAUCUCAAAGCACUCAUGACGCCUUAUGUACCCACUAGAGAGCUCCGCUCAUCCGAUAGUGGCAAAAUAUCGAUACUGUGUGUUCGCCUUGAGACUUACGGAAAGCGCACUUUUGCAUUUGCCGGCCCAACAAUUUGGAACGCACUUCCAGUCGCUCUCAGAAACAGCCAGACACUGGUGUCCUUUAAAACUGAUUUAAAAACACAUCUAUUUCGCAAACACCUUCUGGGGUGAUGCUAUCUACUAUCUUUUUCAGUUAAUGUAUAUUGGCUUGUGUUGCUUAUGGUUGAAAUGGGAUGAAAGACUUUGACUUCGUAUGCUCGUAUGUAGCUUUAUAUUGUUGGGUCUGUUUUUAAAUGUGGUAAAUUUUAGAUUGUUUUUAUUUCUCUUUUUAAUAUGGUUGACUUUGUACCGCGCUUCGAGCUUUUGGGGAUGAAGCGUGUUUUUCAAAUAAACUUUAUUAUUAUUAUUUUUAGUAAUUUUAAGCCUAAAUGCCCUGUUGACAACUUAAGUCAACAUUCACUUUUAUAACAUAAUCUUGUGACAUAAUUAUUUCGUUUGGCUGAACCACAGUGAAUGCUAAAUCCAAAAUACUAGCUUUUUAUUAUUUUGUUUACAUUGUUUUUUCCUCCAAUUUUAGUGAGCGGCAGUGGUAUUUAAAAUCUAUUUUUAGAACUCACAAAACAAGUAUAUGAUUUUAGAAUUCACAAAACAGCAAUACAAUUUUAUUACCCUUAUUGUUUCCAACACUCCUCUUCCCGUCUGCGGUAGUUAUUAGACUAUAAUAACAUGUUAAUGAGAUAUAAAAUCAUUUCGCUAGGCUGAAUGGAUAAUGAUGUUUAUUGAAAAAAACAAAUUUUCCAAAAUAAUCAACCUCAAGGUACUUAGUGGGUUUUGAUGUCCUCAUUUUGUAAAUUAAUUUUUCAAUAAAUUUUAACUUACGUUAAAAUGACUUCAAGUUUGAACCAUGUUAAAAUUCAGAAGCAACUUAUUUUCUUACCAGUGACUGACAUUUCAGUAAUGUGAUCAGCACGUAAACCCACAAUGACAUAUUAAUUGAUAUCUAUAGCACAAUCUUGCAAUGGCGUAGCUAGGGAUAUAGCCACUGGGGGGUGUGCCAAGAUUUGUACCAACCCCUUUCAUGAAUAAAACUCUGGAGUUGGCAGAAAAUGCUGCCCCUAAAUUUAAAGGAAAAUAGUGAUGCCCCUAGAUACACUUGAUAAUCAUAGCGACCACAGAUUGCAAUUUAAUUUAUGAAUGUCAGUCUUCUACUUUUGAAGAUGACCUUUUUGACACCAUCUUAACCCGUACGGAUUAGUUAUUGUAUACAUCAUACUGUAUGUUUAUUUAUUUAGUUUUAUGUAUGUAUUGCACAAUUUUGAGAUGGUAUAAUACUAUUCCGAGACAAUAUUGUACAAUUUUGGGUGAUGCAGGGUAACCAGAUCUGUUGUAAUGUAAAUUCCUUUUGAAAUUAUGGCUUUUUUAUCCUCAAACUAUUGCUAAUUUAUUUAUUUUAAAAAUUAAAACAGAAACCUCAAGAUUGAAAAAUGGGAUAAAACAUUCUUCCAAGGUAAUGUAUAGAUUUAUGCCAAGUUUUACAAAAAACUCUUUGUCAACGAGUUUCUCAAUUAUUUUGAUAACGUUUAUUAUUAGGAUAGCUAAAAUUUCAAUGUUAUCUCAAUGCAAUGUAUUAAAUUGCAUUAAAUUAUGAAAUUUAUAUUUUUUUGGUUUAAAUAUUGAUAAUGUUUUCAACUGUAUAUUACAGCUAAAGAAAAACUAAACCAACAAUAUUGGAGAAAAACAAUUUAUUUAUUACUUAAAUAUGAUUAAAAAAUUGUUAAUAUGGGACUAAAAUUUAUUUAGUCAUUUUAACAAUAGUGUUAAGAUUUUAAAUUGUCCAAAUUUAAAUUUUAAGUUGUCCAAGAACUUGAAAAAGCAGAGAAUUCUUCCAAAGCAUAUAUUUUGAAUCCAAUAAUUGGGGUAAGCAUGUAUGUUCAAUUGUUCAUGUCUAUUCUAUAUGCUGCCAAUUGAUAAUUAAAUAAGUAACUCAUAUUAUUGUUCAGAGUUAUCAAACUAAAUUGUCACAUACACAGCUUGUUAGAAUAAGAUGAUAAGUCAGGGUUUUUACAUGUUUCACUUUCUGUAAUAGAUGCUGAAAAACUCAAAUUGACACGAGAUGAAUCUGAAACAGUAUUUCUUAGUACCGGUAACUCACAAACAAUCCAUAUACUUUCUUAAGAAUAAAAAUUAUGAUCACAUUACUGAAAAAUAGACACACGUCCGCAGUCAAGAAAUUACUUCAUCCAACACACUGGCCUUUUUUAUAUCCUGCCAACAUGGCUGACAAUGUAUUGUCCCUCCUUUAAUAAGUCAUCAUUUGCAUCCCUACUCUACAUGAUUUCUUAUGAUAAAAAAACCUUUGCUGGAAUGACAAGUUUAAGGAUAUCCCAAGACUUUCCAACAGUUGUAAACCCACUUUAAUAGUACACAAGCAGUCUAAAAGCACAGCAUAUUUACUGACCUCUGCAUGUUACCAGAGGUAGAGUGAAACUGCCUUUACCAAUAUUAGGCUCAGCAUAUGUUGGAAACCAUGAUAAGGGCUGUCUUUGAUUGGUAUGAGGUUUGAACUUGGUGAAUACAACCUAUGAUAUAAACUAUUUUUGAUGAGGCUGUAUCUAGGAAGUCAUGGAAACCCCACCACCACCUUACUAAUGAUAAAGGCAGCCAUUGAAACCCCACCGCCACCUUACUAAUGAUAAAGGCAGCCAUUGAAACCCCACCGCCACCUUACUAAUGAUAAAGGCAGCCAUUGAAACCCCACCGCCACCUUACUAAUGAUAAAGGCAGCCAUUGAAACCCCACCACCACCUUACUAAUGAUGAAGGCAGCCAUUGAAACCCCACCGCCACCUUACUAAUGAUAAAGGCAGCCAUUGAAACCCCACCGCCACCUUACUAAUGAUAAAGGCAGCCAUUGAAACCCCACCGCCACCUUACUAAUGAUAAAGGCAGUCAUGGAAACCCCACUACCACCUUACUAAUGAUAAAGGCAGCCAUUGAAACCCCAUCACCACCAUACUAAUGAUAAAGGCAGCCAUUGAAACCCCAAUCAAUGCCUCUAAGAGAAGGACAGCUUUCAUCUCUUGAGGCAUGAAGAGGGUGAGCCAAGUGUGUUAAUUAUAUCCACUCCUACCCAGUAAGAAGUUAUUUUCCUUAAAAGUGUGAGUUACCACAGUGUAGGCAAUAGAAAUUCUUAUGGUGAAAAAUGGGGCUGAGAUUACCUUCAUGACUAGGCUAGCAGCGGAGUCAGGCUCUUUAGACAUUCUAAAAGAAUAAAUACAAUCUGUAAUUAUGCAAACAAAAUUCUUUUGUUUAAGAUGUCCUUCCCUUUUUACACAUAAAAAAAAUCUGAAGGUCUUAUUCUGACAUUUAAAAGAACCAUCUUUUUUUUUCUCUAUUGUAAAUUUUGAAUUGAUUUAAUUUUGUUGUGUUUAAUGUAAUAAAUAAAUAAAGGGACGUUUAGUCUGUUAUUUUAAGUGGGGUGGUAUCAUGCAAUAUAACUAAAAAGUCAAUCUUUAAAUGAUCCUCCUCUAGCCUGAGCCUAUAACUGGUUCAUCAAGGAUGAAAUCUGGGACAACCACUAGGAUAUUGUUGGAAAUCUUAUCAUUGAAAGCCAUACACAGACAACUAAGGUAAUGCAAUUCAAAUGUUUUGGACAAGCAUUGACAGUAAUAAACCAACUGGGGACCUUUUAGCAUUGUCUAAUCCUUUAUUAUUGUAUUUCACUUUGUGAUUUAGGCACGCUCCUAUUCUGAUAUAAUCUAUAUUGGGACUGCCAGUGGGGUGCAGAUGAUGGGAGUAUUAUUAGAGUCCCAAGGGAGUGUUGGCAAGAAAAAGUUUGGGAACCACUGGUCUAUAUUGAUACUUUAUUGAUGCUUAAAUAUACCAAUAUCUUCUAUUCAAUAAAUGAUAAAAAAAUAUCUUUCAGCAUUUCAGAAUUGAUUUCCAUGUACGAAUCUGCUUGUCAUAGUGUUUACAAAUACACAGAUGAUCUGGGCUCAAUGAUAGAUUUAGCUGGUGCAAGGUAAGCUAAGUUACUGAAAUUGUACCUUUCAGCAUCAACUUUCAGCAUAAGUGGACUUAUGCAAAGUUUAUUAAAAAUUAAAAUUCAUAUUGAAUUAACAAAUACAUUAUAAUUUUAAUAAUAUACAUGUAUUUUAAUCCCCCUAAAUGGAAGAACCUGAAAUAAAACCAUUUUUGCGGUGCCAUAGGCAAAUGGGAAUAACUUGUAUAGACAGUUGAAAUCUUUAUGAGCGGCCUUGAAACUGGCCAAAGAAAAAAUGUAUGCUGAAUUUAUAGGUGCACAACCAUUUGUGGCUUACCAGGACUACAAAAAAAAAGUAUACAAAAUUAAGCAAACGGAAAUAAAUCAAAGUAAUCAUAGUUUCAAUAUUUUUCACUACAAAUUACAAAUGUUUUAAAGUCAGUUCAUGAGUCAGCACCUUCUAUGAAGCUUGUAAUUAGAAUUUCAAUCCUAACUUCUGUCUUUUCUUAAGCUUAACAUCUGGUGGGCAUGUGUUCUACCUGGGCUGUGAUGGGUUUGGCCUUAUGGCUAUGAUUGAUGCCUCUGAGUGUCCACCCACAUAUGGAGCAUGUAGGUGUCUACUAACAGCCUAUUAUCUUAGAUUUGUAGGUUCAAUGUAGUUGCCAAAAAUUUGUAUUAAAAAAAAUGAAAAGGAAGAAAAAAAGCUCUUAAAAUUUAGAUUAGUAAACUGCUUAAAUAUAAUCAAACAGAUUUAGGGGGUGAUUAUAAAUAACUUUUCAGCACAUAUAUUCUAAUUGCUGUUAAUGAAUAAAUCUGAUUUUCUUUAAAAAAAACAUUAAUAUUAUUUCUCAUAAGCUUUCCAUGACAUGCGUGGAUUUGUUGAUGGUGGUUUUUCUGCUUUACUGAAUAAUGAUGGGGACCUUUCAUCUCAGGUUAGUACACAUUAAAAUAACUUUUAGAUAUUAAAACAGUUAUUUGUCAGAAGGAAAAGUUUGAUGCAUCUUUGUAAAACUAUAAAUCUGAGAAGGGAGAGGAAGCCAUAAAUUUAGAAUCAGCCAUUCCUUUCCCAGCUAGGAUGUGAAAAUAACAACGUCAUGAUAAAUGUCCAAAAUAAAAUGACCUCUCAAGUUGAAAAACAUUUCAGUAUUGGAUUAUUUUCCUUUAAAAAAAAUGAUUGAAAUGAAAUAAGUCCUACUCUGUGCUUCAUUAGCUUACCUUUAAAACAUCUGUUUUAUUCAGGGCCCUCAAUAUAAAAUCUCUAUUGAAGACUUUGAAAGAGACAUUGUUCCAUCUCUAGCUUCAUCUGAUCUGGUGGUAUUUUUGGGUGAAGGUAAUUUUACACUAAACAUAUUUAAUGAUGGAUUAGUGACAUCAAAUUAUGAUAGUUUCAUGUGGGGCCUGGGCCAUUCAUAAAUGUGUGUGACACAUCUCAUUAUGUUUUUGUCUUAGCAUGUGCCUCCCACAAGAUAAUGGUUGUAGAAGUAUCCUAAAAUCGGUUUCAAGUGUUUUUGUAGUCCUAAUAAUAUUCUGCAUUGUAACAAAGAAACCUUCAAUAUGUGAUGUUUACCCCCAGACAUCUUGCAUAAAGUCUCGGAAUCAAUUUUCUCAGCACCUUGCAAAAGAGUCUUUGUGUCAUGUUACUGGCCCAAUGUAAGUACAACACCUGAAUUAAGUAUAGCUUUUAUCUCAAUGAACUCUUUUUUUCUUAAGUAAAUAUUUGACAUAUUAAAUAAUUUAAUAAAAAUAUAUUUAAUGUUAUUAAUAAUUACUAAAUAUAAUUUGCUCCUAAAAUCAUGAACAUUCAUGUAUGAACAUUCAUAUAUAUAUAUAUAUAUAUACACAGUGGAACCCCGCUAUAACGCGAUGAUCGUGGUCCAUAAAAUCGGAUCGUGUUAAAAGCGGGGUUGCGUAUUUUCGUUCUUAGCACAGCGGAAAUCCCUUACGUAUUGCUAUUUAUAGUCUACCGGAAGAAAGUCUCGUUUUCGGCAUUAAUUUUGAUACUAGUUUGAACGUGGUGCGUUUAGGGGCUCAUUUUAUACGAUAUUUUGAAAAGUUGUGAUUUUUUUCGCUUUAAAAAAUGGCUUUCCAAGCAAUGGAUAAAAUUUUCAAAGAACUUAUCUAGGCCAUUGGAGUAAAUGAAUUUCAAAUUUCGGGAGCCAUGCUACGAGCGGGCUAUAUCCGAAUUCACGUUAUGGCGUGGCGCAUUAUAGCGGGGUUCCACUGUUUAUAUAUAUAUAUUGGUUAUAUAGUAAUGCUUACAUUUUUUAAAGUAAAAGAGUUCAUUAAUCAACAGCAUAACUUUUUAAUAAAAAAUUUGGUACGUAGUAUACAGUGGCAAGGUUUCAGAAUAACAAUUUGAAUGAAAAUGCUACUUUAGUUGGCUCCAUUUGGAAACUAUCUUAGUUUAAUAAAUAUAAGUGUGCACUGACAGCUGGUAUUUAAAAUAUAUAGGUCCAUACAAAACACAACACACAUUUUUGUCCUAUUCAUAUGCAAACAAAGUAUUUGGCACCCUUUACCUUCAAAAUUUUCUAACAAAUGUGAGUUGAUUAUCUAAAAUUUGUCUGAAAGUCUAAUACAGUGGUUCUCAACCUUUUUCACUUGCAAAGCAAUUUUAAUUUGAGAAGUUCUAAUCACUGUUUACUCCCUAAUCCUCUCUUGCCUAAGACUCCUCACAUACAGUGGAACACACAAACAAAAAGCUUUACCUCCUGGGCUUAUGAGUCAGUUUCACACAUCUAGUUUUCCAUAGCAGAUGAAAGCACAAUGAUAGUUCAAGUAUAAAUAUAACUUUUGUAGAUUGACCGGAUGGGCCAACAAUGUCAAAUAUUGUUUGUUUUUGUUGCUUGUCAGAUAUUUGGGGCUCUCAGUAUGUCAAGCUAUUAGAUGGUUGUUACCAAAUGGCUUGAGUGAUAGAUACAGCGUGGUUGUUUUGACGAAUAUCAAGUAACUCCAAUGCCAAGUUAAUAAUAUUGAAGAGUUUAUUUACACUGACUAUACACGAAUAACAAUAGUUUUCUCAGCGGACUAAUUCCUGCAAAAGGACAUUCUCUCUAUCCAAAUAUACUAUGGGUCCAGUAUACUUCAAGUUCUUGACAAAUGACAUCUCUCUUAUCGAUCUCUCUUGAUCUCUCCAUAAGUCACAGUAUAUAUAACAGUUCAUUUUAAAACACUUGCACAGUUUUCAACCAAUGGACACAAACAACCUGGGACAUGGACUUUCUCUGCAUGUAGUUUAAACAGUUCACUUACCCUAUGUACUAUGCAUCACUCUGAUAUCUUUUUACCAAUCAGGGAACACAUCCUUGAGACAUACUUGUAUUUGUAUUCUAUUAAAUUACAGCAGCACACUUGCCUUUAAUAACAAAAAAUUCACUAAUGAUUCCAUGACUGUUAGGUACCGUAAUAUGGUUUUGAAAAUUUAAACAAUACGAAACAUAAAACUGAAGAAAAAAAUCAGUAUGCAAAUAAAAUCUAUACCAAAGCUAGUGAUACUGACAAUAUUCAAUGUAAUUACACUAUUAAAUUUCUAUAAAAAUACAAAUUCAAAUGUACAGAAACAAAAAUCUAGAUCAACUGACAGCACAGCAAAUAAAAUUGCACAAAUAAUAAUUUACACACUCACAUAAAGAGUACAAUCUUGCAAAUAUAUUAUUUCUCGUAAAUGUCAAGGAAAAUUAACAAAAAUCUCUCUCUGCUUGGAAAACUGCAAGUAUGCAUCUAGAGGGAUUAAAUCAGAACCAUCCAAAAAAUAAAUUCAUGAAAUUGUGUAGCCUGAUAACAUUUUUUAGAACAAAUAGAAUUUAUUCGAACCUAAACAACCUUUGCCCAUCAAAGAAGACAUAGUUAAAAGGUGUGGCACAGGCCCUUUAAUUUGUAAUGUCAUUAUCAAAGCAAAGAGGAGACAAGUGGUGGUGGCUACAACGCUAAAAUUAGUCCCACACACAUGCCAUAAUAACAAUCUUGACAGCAGACACUACAACUGUUGCACCACAGGGCCACCCUCUCAAUAUCUAUCUUAUAAACAUAAAUUUAGUCUAUUAUAAUGCUACAAUAAUUAAAUAUUUUAAAUGAAUGCAGAAAAAAGCUUGUUGAUUGAUUUGAAAAUUGUUGCAGUUUUACCAUUAUUUCCAAAUUUAUCUUCUCAGAAUGUUCCCACUACAACAACAAGAAGCUUCAGUCUGUCUCUGGUCUUGGAGCUUGAUGUAGCCAAAUUGGCUUCUUUGAACUCAGACCCACUCAAGGCCCUUAUUACAAAACUACUGGAGGAAGUGUCCCUCAAGUGGGUGGUCAACAACUUGUCCACAGGGGCUCACAUUCUCAAAGGGAAAGUCUGUCAGAACAAGAUGGUAGAUGUCAAGGUCAGCAACAACAAACUUUUCCACCGAGCUGUUGGUAUUGUGCAGGUUAGCUUAACAAUUCUUUACUUUUUUAAAGUCUUACAUUAUCCCCGCCUUACCAGUCUUUCUGUGUCUUUUAAUCUAACAGAACUUUCUUUGAAGACAGUUUGAAUUAUAUUUAUUUUUUAUUGUCAAUUAGUAAUUGUAGUAAUUGGAGCUAUGGUACACUCAUACACCUGUUAGAUGCAUUUUACCAACUUUCAAACUCCAAAUAAUCUGAUUUGUAUCAUCAUGUCUGAUAGACACACUUCGCCUUGUUGAGCUUUUUCCUGCUCUAGGAUGAAAUUUAUUUCCUUCAACUAUCGCUUAGAUUGAAAAAAUUAAAAAACUGUGUGAUGCAAUCCAUAUUAUUUCGUUCCACUGUUAAUUAGUAGGUUGGUCAAUAUAAUUUUUUUAUAAAGGGACAAAAAGACAAAAGAAAACAGUAGAUUGUCACUACAAAUACAAAUAUAUAGUCUAAUAAUAAAGAAAAGAAAUUUGAAGAAAUAACAAUCUACACUAUUAAAACACUGGAAAAAAAUUGUAAACCCAAAAUUAAAGACCUGUCCACUUUUAUCAUGUUCAUGGCUGUCACUAUUGAAAUAUUAUUUUUAAUGUAUUAGCUAUGCAUUGUCUAUUUCAGAAUUACAGCAGCCUAAGUGUGGAGGAGUGCACGACAAUCCUCUUAAAGUCCAUCUACGACACAGACAGUCUGACAGCCGACCAAGAGUCUGCAUCAGUUGUGGCGCACAUUGAAGUUGCUUCUUGCAAGGACAUGGUACCUCUUCAUUUAUUUUGAAUUGCCCAAUAAUUAUUUAACGUAGUUUUAAAUUAUUUUUAAUUUUUAAACAUGAGUGUUCUUCAACCUGAAAAUGAUAAUUAUUCAAUAAAGCAAGAUAAUUUUUAAGGUGAGACAUUAUUAAAAAUGUAUUAUCUCCUCAGGUUGUGCCCACUGCUAUUGUAAUUGCUUCCCUUGGAUGCAAUGUUUCUGAAGCAAAAGAGAUGCUGAAAAGCCAACCAGUUCUACGCAAACUGGUCUGUGCACUGGUUAACUAAGGGGUAAAUUCCACUACUAACAGUUUUGUUCAUAUAUAUAUUAUAUUAUUAAGCUUUUUUAUUGAUGCAAAAAAAAAACACGCACUACUGCUUGUUUUUAACUGGAAAGAAAUUGAAACUCAUAUAAAAAUUAUUGAAACAAUUGAUUCAAAUUUAAUUAUUCUCAUGAGCAAUUAAUCAGAUUUUAUUAUUUAUUCAACCCAUAACUUGUUGAAUGAUGGGAUAUCUGCUCUGUAUUUGUGUAAACAUUUAUACAAUGUACUUGGUUACACUUAAUCAGACUCAACAUUUUUAACUCUUUACUGGCUGUUCAUACAGAUUGGAGAUAUAAUGGCUCUGAUAAAUUAGAGUAUGUAAUAACACUGACAAAAUAAUGUUAAUUGUGGAAGCUAGACUAUGUGAUAGUUUCCAUGUAAUUGUCAGUUGUGGCAGCUGCUAUAUGUGAUUAAUGCAACAUGAUUGUUUAUUGUGAUUGGAAAAAUAUGUCAUUACUGAAAAAUAAUUUUUAGUUGUGACACGUGUCAUAUGUAUUAAUGCAACAUAAUUGUUAAUUAUGGUACCGUAGCUAGAAUUCGAGUGUGAUUACUGCAAUAUAAUUAUUAAUUGUGGUGGUUAGAACAUUUUUUUACUGCAAUAUAAUAGUUAAUAAUGGCAGCUAGAAUAUGUGAUUACAGCUAUUAUAUUGUUAAUUAUGACAGCUAGAAUAUAUAAUUACUGCUAUUAUUUUGUUAAUAAUGGCAGCUAGAAUAUGUGAUUACUGCUUUUAUAUUGUUAAAUUUGACAGCUGGAAUAUGUAAUUACUGUUAUUAUUAUAUUGUUAAUUAUGGCAGCUAGUAUAUGUGAUUAUUGCAACAAACUAGUCAAAUUUUUUAUCUGCUCCUUGCAUUACACUAAUUAGUCUUAAUUUAUGUUUAUUUAAAUGGGUUGUCCAUUAAUUAUGUCAACAACAGGGGGG